GGAUACAGGAGAUUCUUCGGUACAACAGCACGUUUCGGGCUCACUCCGCUCGUACACAGUCCUAUCCCCCUCAUUCUCAAUGGAGUGAUAGAGAUGGGAUACGGACACCGGCCGCGACAGGAUACAGAUAUAAUGUAGGAUGAUUACCGCCGCCAUUCUGACCAUCAGAGCCAUCUUCUCUUCUCUUUUCUUUAUUACUCCUUGUUGUCUUACGUUGGUUCUACUGCGUAACCUGAGUUAAGGACCGACAAUAUGGCAGGAGGACCUAAGAAACCCGUCAAUAUCUUCCGGCUAGGGAACCUUGGCGAUCCAAAGGAGGUGUUCAACUGGAAACUAUGGUUCGCAGUUGUUUCCUUUGCCCUCAUGGGUGCCGCCCGUGGUGUCGAUGAGGGAUUGAUCUCAGGGGCUUUCGACUCGGCGGAUUUCCAACGCUACAUCAAUUAUGACUCGUAUAGCACGGUCGAGCAGACCAACAUCAAGGCCAACGUGUCGGCGAUGGUCCAGAUUGGCUCUGUUGGAGGGGCUCUUUUUGCUUUCGUGGUAUGCGAUCGAAUCGGCCGUAUCUGGGCAACUCGUCAGCUCUGCUUGCUAUGGAUUCUCGGUAUCGCCAUCUUCAUGGGAAACAGCGGCAAGUUGGGAGCUGUGUACGCUGGAAGAUUUGUUGCGGGAUUAGGAGUUGGACAAACAGUCGUCGUCGGUCCUGUGUAUCUGGCAGAGAUCUCUCCGGCCUCGGUUCGAGGAUUGUGUACCUGUAUAUUCACGGGAUUUGUGUACUUGGGCAUCGUCCUGGCAUACUUUGCCAACUACGGCUGUGAGCUUCACAUGGGAGACAACACCCACAACCGAUGGCUGGUUCCAACGAGUCUGCAUAUCAUCUUCGCGGGUCUCAUCUUCGUUCUCACGCUCUUCCAACAUGAAUCUCCCCGAUACUUGGUCAAAAACGGUAAAGAAGAGCAGGCGUUGAAGAGCCUUUGCCGACUGCGCAAGCUCCCUGACGACCACCCAUACAUUCAAGAAGAGAUGGCUGGGAUUCAGAACGCUCAUUAUGCUGAGAUGGAAGCGACCAUGGGUGCUGGUUGGCUUGGUGUCAUCAAAGAGACCUUUAUGCUCCCAAAAAACCUCUACCGGCUGUACCUCGCCUGCAUGGCCCAACUCCUAUCCCAGUGGUCCGGUGCAGGAUCUAUCACGCUGUAUGCGCCCGACUUCUUUGAGAUCCUCGGUAUCACCGGCUCGAACGAAUCUUUGCUGGUGACGGCCGUUUUCGGUAUCAUCAAGCUAGUGGCAGCGGUCAUCUGCGCCUUGUUCCUGGUGGACAUGAUUGGUCGGAAGCGAUCAUUGCUCCUUGGAAUUACCUUUCAGGCUAUCUCCAUGGUGUACAUCGCCGCCUUCUUAUCGACCGAACCCAAGAUGGGUGUGGUGGACGGCUAUGAGCCUCCGGAGGCCAAAGCCGGCGCCAGUCGCGGAGCCAUUGCAAUGAUUUACAUCUCUGGAGUUGGCUGGGCGCUUGGGUGGAACUCAAUGCAGUAUUUGCUGACAGCCGAGCUUUUCCCGCUGCGAAUUCGUGCGUUGGCGACUUCAAUGGCCAUGACCUUGCAUUUUGUGAACCAGUACGGCAACUCGCGGGCCGUGCCCAACAUGCUGCUUCCGACACCCCACGGCAUUACACCCCUGGGAACCUUCUGGUUCUUCGCGGCUGUGACGAUCGUAGGUGGGAUAUGGGUCCUGUUUACCGUGCCCGAAACGGCGGGGCGAAGUCUGGAAAGCAUGGACCGGCUGUUUGAACUUCCGUGGUAUAAGAUUGGAUUGUAUGGUAACCGGGAUGCCGAGCAGAGAGAUCUAGUGCAUUCGGAGAAGGCAGAUAUCAUGGAGGAGUCGACUCAUGUUGAGAACAGGGACAACACGGGCAGAGUGUAGCUGGCUACUCUGGGUACAUACGGGGGAAACUUGAUAUGAUAGACAUGAUGUUGAUAAUGAGAUACCACGGAGCAAUAAGCAGCGAGGUUGAACAUCUAUUUUAAUCGUUUCAGUAG